ACAUGAGAAUUUAGCUAGUUGAGCUGUUGUCAGUUUCAGACAAGAUUUGGCAAUAUUUUGUCAACUGUGGAGCCUGAUAGUUUACAUAAAGUUAAAGUUAUAAUAGCCAAGGGUGGAUGAUCAAUUUGGGCAUUUAAUAGUUUUAUUGUGAACUAAAUGCAGGGCUAAUAUUUUUGAGAUGUAUUUAUUUUAGUUCGAGAGAAAAGUUGGAGGAAAUCAUGGUCAUCACAAAAGAAGCCUGGCUGCUAGCAAGAAGCUAACCAUGUUGGAUACUUAUCAUAAAUAUUGAAAUACUGGCUAAUUUAAACUGAAGAGGUAGCUAAAACUACUGAUUGUGAGCUUUGAUACGAUUGCCUGUUGAAGUCGAAGUGUUUUCGGCUGCUUCAUUUUGCACUUGGGGGGGAUGUCGUGCAGAAGUGAAGCGGCUCGGGGGGGCACCCCUUGUCUACAACCACUUCGAGCCACUGUCCCAUUCCAACUUCACAACAAAGCACAACCGCGCUGCAAAGAUUCCAAUACUGGCGACAGGAGCAAGUCUCGCCCCCCAAAGCCGACCAUUCGUCGCACCCUGUCCCUGGAUACAAUUGUUGGACCAUAUCUGCAGGGCCGGUGGCCCAAGGAGGCAGAGAGCCAAGGAGUCACCUGUGUCAAUGACAAGGCCACACAGACUCCCAGCUCCUGGGCAGAGGAGACUCGGGGAAGAAGAAGUGUUGGCGGACACAAACGCUCAGCAUCAUGGGGCAGCGCUGAACACUUGAGGGAUGUGGUUAAGCUCAAGCACCAGCUGCAGAAGCGCUCCCGACACGCCCCUCCCUCUGGGGGAUAUGAGCGUCCCCACCACCCCCUACCUGGAGGCCAUGUGCCAGGCGCUACACAGACGGUGUCCCUGAGCAGGUUGGCCCCUCGGCUGCGGCGCAGUGUGGAAGGUCUGAACCUGGAGCUGGAGGGGGUCUUUGUGUCAGAGACACCUGAGGACCAGCACAAGAUCCUGGAUGUCCCAGAUGGCCACAGAGCCCCAGUUCCUGCCCAGAGGUGCAGCAGUGGUACCCAGAGUGAACCCUCCCCUGCCUCGUUCGACCCUGCAUUGCUCUCUCCAUCUGAGUCUCCCUGUUCCCUGAACCCAGCUCUACUCUCCCCAUCUCAGUCUCCCUGCCCAAUGGGAGAGCCAGACCCUGUGGACUGUGAGACCGUGUGCCCCUCUCCAGUUGUUCUGGACCCCUCCCUGUUGCAGCCCCUCCUUCCCUCGUCCCAACAAGACCUACUCCUUCCAGAGGGAGCCCCCUGAAGGCUGUGAGCGAGUACGCGUAGUGUGUGAAGAGGCUAUGUCUCCCUGUCAGAGAGAGCCUCUCCUCCAGGUAUCCUGCCCUGACCCCAACAAGGUGAAUUUCACUCCCCAUGGAGGCUCUGCCUUCUGCCCUGUCAGUCUGCUCAAGCCCUUGCUGCCCUCCAUGGACCUCCUGUUCCGCGGCCUGUCAGUCUCGCCUGUCACAGGCUGCUCAGGUCAAGGCUCUGCCCCCUACCAGACAGUUGGGCAUUCGGUUGGGGGCUACAUGAGUGGACCCCUCCAGGACACAACCACCAUGUGACUGUGGAGAUGGGGUUGUUUUCAGACUAAUGAGGAUGGAUUUAUCCUAAUAGGAGAUUAAAUCAAGAUGGCUGCCACCACCUUGUCAGGGACUGUUAUGACAAGCCUCCAGAUCUAUUCAACUAAGAUCAACAAAAAGAGAGACCUCUACAGGGGGUUCUCUGUGGGAUCAGGAUCAAAUCUAUCAUUGGUGUUCUAUCCUGAUUCUCAGAGGGACUUGCUGCUCUGGGUACAUUGAUAGUCACUUGCCCUCUUGGUUAGGGGGGGUAAAUAAAUUGUACAAAUGUUUUGUGACAUAUUUUCAUUCUACACAACUUGGCCUUGCUCUGAUACCCUUAGAUUUGUUAUAGCUAGAGCGUGGAGUCAGAGAUGUACUAAUUAGUGAUGCUUGACUCAUAACCUGCAGUCCCCGCGGUUAUAUCUGUGGGGUAGAUGGGUUUAGUCAUGAAAUAUUGUGUGGUGGGUGGCAGGCUGGUUGAAUAAAGAGAAAUAAUACCUU